UAUCGGCACAGGAAAAAAAAAAUCCUUACAGUCGCCAUGAUACAGCAGCGGAAACGGGUGAGAAGUAGCUAGAAAACAAAAGAGAACACGCAGUCGUCCUCGCGAUUUGGUAUGCUCUUGCAGUGUUAUAGGAAUGCCCAAGGAAAAAUAUGACCCGCCGGAUCCCAGGCGGAUGUACACAAUUAUGUCCAGUGAGGAGGCAGCAAAUGGGAAGAAGUCAUACUGGGCUGAGCUGGAAAUCAGUGGCAGAGUAAGGAGUCUCAGCACAGCCCUGUGGUCUCUGACCCACCUCACUGCCCUGCACCUCAGUGACAACUCACUGUCACGCAUCCCGCCAGACAUUGCCAAACUACACAACCUGGUGUACCUGGAUCUCUCAUCCAAUAAGAUCAGGAGCCUGCCGGCAGAGCUCGGCAACAUGGUGUCUCUCAGGGAACUGCUUUUAAAUAACAACCAGUUGCGGGUUCUGCCAUUUGAAUUGGGGAAACUCUUUCAGUUACAAACACUGGGGUUGAAAGGAAACCCACUUGCACAAGAAAUUCUGAGCCUCUACCAGGAACCUGAUGGCACGCGGAGGCUGCUGAGCUACUUGUUAGACAAUCUGGCGGGGGCUAUAAAGCGCAUGCCAACAGAACAACCCCCACCCCGGUCGUGGAUUACACUCCAGGAAACUGAUCGAGCACGGCCCUCGGCAUUGUUUUCUGUGAUGUGCUACAAUGUGCUGUGUGAUAAGUAUGCCACACGUCAGCUAUAUGGCUAUUGUCCCACUUGGGCUCUAAACUGGGAGUACAGGAAAAAAUCCAUAAUGCAGGAGAUCAUGGGCUGCAAUGCAGACAUCAUCAGCUUGCAGGAAGUUGAGACAGAGCAGUACUACAAUUUCUUCUUGCCAGAGCUGAAGGAGCAAGGAUAUGACGGGUUCUUCAGUCCAAAGUCACGAGCCAGAACUAUGUCUGAGUCGGAUCGAAAGCACGUGGAUGGAUGUGCAGUUUUUUACAGGACAGAAAAGUUCAGUGCAGUGCAGAAGCACACAGUGGAGUUUAACCAGCUGGCCAUGGCUAACUCCGAGGGCUCAGAGGCUAUGCUGAACAGGGUGAUGACAAAGGAUAACAUUGGGGUAGCUGUACUGCUUGAGGUCCGCAAAGAGAUGAUGGAGCUCUCCUCUGGUAAGUCUCUCCAUGGCAUGGAAAAGCAGCUGCUCCUUGUAGCCAAUGCUCACAUGCACUGGGACCCAGAGUAUUCUGAUGUCAAGCUGGUCCAGACCAUGAUGUUCCUGUCAGAGGUGAAAAGCAUAGUGGAUAAGGCCACACGCAGCCUCAAGUUGUCCUCUGUUUCUGGCGAGACUAAUGCCAUUCCACUGGUGCUGUGCGCUGACCUCAACUCCUUGCCUGACUCAGGCGUAGUGGAGUACCUGAGUACUGGUGGAGUGGACUGCACACACAAGGACUUCAAGGAGCUCCGUUACAGCGACUGUCUGACCAAAUUCAAUUGCAAUGGCAAGAACAGCACGUCUAAUGGCAGGAUCACCCAUGGCUUCAAGUUAAAGACCGCCUAUGAGAACGGCCUGAUGCCUUAUACCAACUACACCUUCGAUUUUAAGGGUGUCAUCGACUAUAUUUUCUACUCGAAGCCUCACCUGAACGUGCUGGGUAUCUUGGGCCCUUUGGACCACCACUGGCUUGUAGAGAACAAUGUCAGCGGUUGCCCACAUCCACACAUCCCCUCUGACCACUUCUCCCUCUUUGCUCAGCUGGAGUUGCUCCUGCCCAACCUGCCCCCCCAGGUGAAUGGGCUCCAUCUGCCGACACGCAGGUAGUGAGACCCUGCCUAACCACCAGGGGGAGCCUCUCCCUCUCAACCCUCCUCCUUCCUCCCACUACCAGCUCUUCCCUCCACCAAACUGAAGGAGGAAGACAUAAAAACACAACCUGUAAAAUAUUCAUACAGUGAGGUCUGGCUGACAGGGAUUUCGUAUAAUGUUAUAGAUAUUCUAUAUUUUUCUUUUUUUUGUUUGUUUUGUUUUUAACUGCUCAAUUCAGUCCUGUUUGUGUACCAUAUUUUGUUUUUGGACUCCCCUUUGUUCUCAAGAUCCACCAACCCUACACACUUUGCUUCUGUCUUUUAAAAUGAGAAGGGAUGGUAGCUCAUUCAUAUUUGUCACUUAGGGCACUGUUUGGUUUAAGAGUGAGGGGGGGAUACUUUUUUUUUUAUUUUGGCUGAAGGAAAUGACUUUCCACUGAAGAGCUCCAUGGCUGAUGGUCUGCAUGUCUGUCUGUCCUGUAUAAACCUGAAACCAGCAAAGACAGCAGACUUGUCAGUCUCAAUACUCCAUCCUUUGCUUGUGCUAGUUAUCCCCUACAGUUUGGGCAGCCAGCUUACAUGAUUGGUUUUCUAGGAUACGCACAUUUGUUGAGGCAGAUGUGUUGGGAUUAGAGCAGCUUUUUGCUGGUAGUUUAAGUAUCCCAGGAGGCGGAUGUAGCGCAGCUCGUAUGAGGUGAGAUUUCCUGCUGUCAUACUGUGGUGCUGAGGCCUUUUGUGUAGUCAUGGCCUCCCGUGGUGCUACAAGAUAGUCUACACCUCUGACCCUGGACCUGGUACUGCUACCAAAAUCCACAGAUGCCUAGAAAACAAGAAUCCCGAGCUUAGAUUUGAUGUUUCACACAGAUGGUGUGUAGUGCUGAAAAGCCACGAUGUGAAAAUUUGAUAGACGCUACCAUCCUGUUUGCUGACAAUUUCACCCCAGCCUGUAUAGCUGUUAGGUUAGUCUUGUGCUUAGGAGCUCAUGUGGCCCAUGCAUCACCUUUUUUGUUUUUGUUUUGUUUUUUUUGACCAAGCGGUGAGGGGAUUUAGGCUGAUGGGCAAAGCGAUUGGGGAGUGGGGGGGCUAUUACCAGUAUUUGUCUUGAUUGCUUUUAGGGCAGGGACAGCGAGUAAUGGCCGAUACACAGGAAUAAAACCAGCAUUCCUCUCACUGUCAGGAGUUGCCAUCCAGCUCCACACACACACACACACACACACACACACACACACACACACACCACAUGUAAUUUGCAGGCAGAUCUGUAGCACUGAGGCCAGUAGUGACUUUCCCCAGCCAUAAAUUCCAUACACAAAGCCGUGGGUUUUUUUUCACAAGUGUUUGUACAGAAUAGAAAUCUAGACUCAGUCUUUACAUGAUUGUAUAUGAACCACAAAAGACCUGUUUUCUGGCGUUUUUUUUGUACGAAGAGUAAAUUAUGAUCAGAAAAAAAAGAUUGUAUUGUAAACUAAGGCUAAAUUUUUAUCCAGUUAAUGUUGAGAUGAAUUGAUAUUACCAGCUUGUACAAAAGACGUAAGAAGAGAUUGUUCAAGGCGUUCGCUGUCACAACUUUGCACUUCCUUGAGAUUAACUGUAAUUAAUGCAUCAGUAUAUUUUUCCCCUUUCUCUCUGCAGUUUUUUUUAACGAUUUGCUGGCAUUUGCUGAUAUGUAAAUAGACACUGAGUAAACUGUUGCUUCUUGCCCAUUAACAAAGCCAUUGAUCCACACCGCUGCCAUCACUUCUGACAAAAGGACGCGCAAGUAUGAGUUACAUCUGUUCAUUUCUAUAACUUGCUCAAUAGUGAUGUAACUGGCAAAACCUAUAUAAACCCCACAUAUAUGUACAUUGUGCCUCACUGUAGCAGUUGACGUUGUCUUGCACUAUUUACAUGCGACGAACGCCUGAACAACCUUUUCUCCUUUUAUUUUUAAAUACUGUUGAGACAUUUGUGAAGAUUUUAUGUCCUUUUUGGUUUUUGUUAAUGUUUAUUUUCCUUUUUUUAUGAGCUGUGACAAUGUUAUGAUGAUGUGUAUAUCCUUGCUAUUCAUUAAGCUCUCUAGUAAUCAGGUAUGCUUUCACUACCAACCCUUUCUCCUUUUCUUAGGAACAUGAGUAGGGUUUCCUGUCUUUAUAAAUCCACUCAUGUUUUGCUCUCUUUUUACACAGCUCCAUGCCCCCAGAAACGCACAGCCCCUAGCUUUCCCCUGCCCGGCCACAGAUUUAAACCUCCCUAAGCCUGUCCAUCAACCUAACACCUCUCACCCUAAACUGCCCAUCUUGGACUUUAACCUCUCGACUAUCUUACACAAGCUGCAUCUUUUAAUCCCCUUUGCUCAACCACUUUGUAUAGUUUUCCUACCCUUGUUACUGCAGCUAUAGUGCCAUUUGUGGACCUGCCCCUCCCUCUAUAAUUUGGAAAGGGUUGAAGGUCCUCCUUUCUCUGCGAUUGGAUAAACAAGGGAUGAGGGUCAGCAGACUUAGGAUGGGCUAACCUGUUGCUUAUGAAUUUGAUACAUCUUUUUAAAAAAUGAAUUAAAUCUGUCACAAGUAAGAUGGCUACUUAAACAGUCAUGCUUUUAUACAGAUGAGAAGCACUUAGUAGGGUCAUAUGCAGCUUCCCUCACUCCCUUCCCUGUUGUAUUUGUAGUAAAGAUCUCAUUACUUUAAAUGCAUUGAAAUUCAGGUUUUAAAGUGAGAGGGAAGCACCUAAA